AUGACCCUCGAAACCACUGACGAAGAGACACCUCUGCUGCAUGCUAAUGAUCAUGUAGAACCCCAACAGAAGCCAGUAAUUACAGACAAGACGCCUCUCCCGUGGAGCCAAUUUUCCAUCAUACUGUCGCUUCAAGUCCUAGAACCAAUGACUUCGCAAGUCAUCUCGCCGUUUGCACCACAGCUGAUACGAAGCAUUGGAGUAACCAACGGUGAAGAAGCUCGUGUUGCAAUUUACGUUGGCAUACUGCAGUCACUCUUCUUUGCAACCGAGGCAUUGACUACUUUUCACUGGAGUCGUCUGUCUGAUCGUGUUGGCCGUAAACCAAUUUUAUUGAUUGGUCUCACGGGCAUCUCCAUCUCCAUGUACUCUUUUGGACUCUCAAGAACUUUUUGGAGUGUCGUCUUGAGCCGCUGUCUGUGUGGUGCGCUCAAUGGUAACGUGGUAGUGAUGAAGAGCAUGAUCGCGGAUAUCACGGACUCCACAAACAUGUCUCAGGCGUAUGCGUAUAUUCCUUUUGCUUGGCAAGCUGGCAUCGCUCUGGGGCCUCUCAUCGGCGGACUUCUUGCAACUCCAACGGUUCAGUAUCCGGAACUAUUUGGAAGAUCUAAACUCCUAAAGGCGUAUCCUUAUUUCCUUCCUUGUGGCGUGAUAGGAACACUAGCGCUUGUAUGGUGGUGCGUUACAUUCUUUUUUCUCAGCGAGAGCACACAACCUAGCACUAGUUUUGCUCGGUUUCUCGGAUUGUACAAGAGCGAAAGAAGUACAAUGCCAUCAGAUUCUGGCCUUCGAUCAAAAACGAAGCCCCUGCCGUUCCGCGAUUUGCUAGUGACGCGGGUGGUCAUCGCAACCUGCGCUUAUGCUGCUACUGCCCUGAUUGAAAUCUCGUUCCGCGCUGUCCAACCAGUUUUUUAUGCUACACCCAUUGAAAUGGGUGGCCUCGGGCUGGAUGCUCCAGCCAUUGGCAUCAUUCUGGCUAUGCUUGGUAUUCUGAACGGAGUGCUUCAAUUGUUAUUCUUUGUGCGCUUGCAUGACUGGCUAGGAGGAAGAAAUCUGUAUCUCUUCUCUGUCUUCAGUUGCUUCUUAAUGCUUGCGCUGUUCCCAGCCAUCAGCUUCACAGCUAAGGCACAGGGACUGAGCUAUUUUGUUUACCUCCUGGUAGGCCUGCAGCUCCUCGCCUUCGUAAUCUCGUAUUCUGCAUUUGGUGUCGUAUUCAUGUACAUCAAUGCAUCUGCACCCAACCGAGCAUCCAUUGGCGCAACAAAUGGGCUCGCGCAAACUGUGGUGUCCGUCAUACGAGCUAUUGGACCGGCGGUGGCGAACUCUGCUUAUUCGCUGAGUAUCGAGAAGCAACUCCUUGGUGGAAAUAUGGUGUAUUGGUUGAUGGCUGGAAUGGUUUGCAUUGCGGUCGGUGUCGGAUCUGCCCUCCCAAGGCGCUUGUGGUGCGAGUAG